AAUGACUGGUUUCCACUGUAGUUCUUCAGAGCUCUUCAGUGGGUCCGAACUGAAGAGCAGCUGAUGUCUGCGUUCGAACGGUUUCUUCUACAGUUGCGAAGCUGGAAAGAAAAGACGUGUAUAAGAAUGAUGCCUCACUGAAACAAAGUCACUUACUUUACGCCAAUAACUUACACUGUACUUCGAUUCUUCAGUUUGACGGAUCUUCUUUCACUUUUGUUGCUUGUAUCUGUCAUCAUAAUUUGGAACUCAGCAACUCAAUAAUAACCAAACAAACCAAUCUUCUAUCAAUACUACAAAGCCAAGUCAAGCCAAGUCAAGCCAACACCAUGACCAACUCUCCUCCACCAUCUGUCUCUACUUCCACUUCCACUUCUACUUCUACCUCCACUACUACUACUACUAGUACUUUUCGCGAUGUAUCUUUGGAUCUGAGCAACAAGCACGCCAAGAGAGCCCUUGAAGUCUUACUGCAAAUGGAGAAGCGUCGAACGAAGGUCCGCCAUGCUCGUGUGUUUAGCAGCAACCCAACAGGCUACGAAUCCCCUCAAGGAAUCAAGAUCAUGACCGAGUUGUUCGAACUGCUCAGUCGACUGCCCAACCUCAAGACUUUGACCGUUAGUUUUCCGUUUCCUCAGACGUUGCCGUUGCAAGCGCUCUGUUUCCUUAGUGGCGCGCCACGAUUGAAGAGUCUGCAAUUGGACAAUGUCUCUCUGCAGACGGAAGAUGGUGAUCAAGAGGAAGAUAAACAGGAGCAACAGCUAGAGCAACAGCUGGAACUGUGGAACAAGACAGGACAACUGCAAGAACUCACUUUGCAGCAUUGCAGAGGAACGAAAGCUCUCCAAAAGUUGCUUUCCAAGGGAUUGCCCAGUUCGAUCAGGAGACUUACCAUUGCCAACACUCCCAUUGGACACGCUGCUGCUCCUGCUCCUGCUUCCACCAGCUCUUCAAGUACUAGUGCAAGUACUACUUCCGCUUGCAGUACCGAGUCCUGUGCCUGCUCUACUACGGGCACUCUGCAAGCCAUCAUCCAAAACAACCCCCAGCUUCAGGGACUCCGGCUCUGGGAUGUACCAAACUUGCAAGACAAUCACGUACAAGUCUUGGCGGAUCAGAUCCUUCUCAUGGGAGACAAGACACUCAUUCAAGAACUCGAAGUCACUUCCAGUAUCCUCGGUCCGCCCUCGGGAGAAGCAGUGGCCAACCUGCUCAUUCAACACCGUCGAUCUGUCAAAAUUGAACACCUCAAGUUGCAUCUCGAUUGGGAGGAUUGUGGAAGUACCGUGGCUCUUCUCUUGCUCACCAACAAGCAGAUCAAGCAUCUUGACAUUAGACUUUACGGAGACGAUGACAAUGUCAGGGCCGAUGCCACCGCCAUUGCACACGCUCUCCAGAAUACUACAUCGUCCUCUCUCAGAAGACUUCGUGUCUGCAUGGAACUCGAGCCAGAACAAGUCGCCGGUGAUGAGGACAUUAUGCAAGCAUUCGAACAAAUGUUGGCCACCAACGAUGCUCUCAAGUACCUGGUCCUAGAUGACAGUCUCGAAGACUUUGCCUUGUCCGCCGAAAUGGAGGCCAAACUCAAGCUCAAUCGCAGUGGAGCACCAAGACUUUGGAAGCGAAACACUCCUCCGUCCCACGCACACUUUGUACAGGCAUUGAUCAACCAACGCAACGAUGUCAACACACUCUACCACAUUCUCUCCAACCAACCCACCCUCUGCUCUUAUGCGCUCAUGGCACCCGCCAAACAACAGCAGCAGCAAGACGCCGACGAGGAAGCCAUGCUCAGCAAGUCUUCUUCCCUCAACUGCAGCACCGGGAUCGAUUUUUCCCAGUUUGCACCCGGACGCAAAACACUCUCUUCUCUGUCGCCCAAACGAACGACCUACAAGGCACGCAAGUUCCUCAAGAAAUCAAUGAAGAAAGUCUUUGCAAGUUCCGCAUAAAUGAAAUGAACAUGACGUGCCAUGCCAUGCGAUGCAGCGCUACUGUACUAGACCAGUUGGACUGGAUAUCUAGGCUUGCUGUUGUGCGCCGUCGCUUCCUCAGCCACUGACUGACCCAUCAGCUUUCUGGUACCACCAUCGUACUACGAUCCUACUACACACACUAAACACUUUCAUAAAAUAUUCUUGAUUAGAACACUUGCUUCUGCGGCCGUC